AUGGCCCAACCCCCGAGCGGUCAGAGACCGAUGGUCCAGCCGUGUCGAUACAAGACGGGCAAGACCCUCGGCGCAGGCUCGUACUCCGUUGUUAAGGAGUGUGUACACAUCGAUACCGGUCGCUACUAUGCCGCGAAGGUCAUCAACAAGCGCCUGAUGGCGGGGCGCGAGCACAUGGUCCGAAACGAAAUCGCAGUGCUGAAGAAAGUAUCCAUGGGCCAUCAGAACAUCUUGACACUGGUGGACUAUUUUGAGACCAUGAACAACUUAUAUCUUGUCACCGACCUCGCUCUGGGUGGUGAGCUUUUCGAUCGCAUCUGCCGCAAAGGCAGCUACUACGAGUCUGACGCCGCCGAUCUCAUUCGCGCUGUCCUGUCUGCUGUGGCAUAUCUCCAUGACCACGGCAUCGUGCACCGAGACUUGAAGCCCGAGAACUUGCUCUUCCGUACCCCGGAGGAUAACGCAGACCUUCUGAUUGCAGACUUUGGCUUAUCCAGGAUCAUGGAUGAGGAGCAAUUCCACGUGCUUACUACAACAUGUGGCACACCGGGAUACAUGGCACCGGAAAUCUUCAAGAAGAGCGGACACGGAAAGCCAGUUGAUAUCUGGGCCAUUGGUGUGAUCACCUACUUCCUUCUUUGCGGAUACACCCCAUUCGACCGAGACUCCAACCUGGAAGAGAUGCAGGCCAUCCUCGCCGCAGACUACUCCUUCACACCACUGGAGUACUGGCGCGGCGUCUCCCAAGAAGCUCGCCAGUUCAUUAAGGGAUGUCUGACAACCGACCCGACCAAGCGCAUGACCGCCCACGAAGCCCUGCAGCACACCUGGAUCAAUCCUCCCUAUGACCAGUCGAAGAUUGGAUCUGGCGAGGACCUUCUCCCCACUGUGAAGAAGAACUUCAACGCACGCCGUACCCUUCACCGCGCCAUCGAUACCGUACGCGCUAUUAACAAGCUGCGUGAGGGCGGCGGCUUCAUGAUGGAUGGCGUCAUGAGCAUUGAUCCGAAGCCUGAGCGUGUGAAUGGAAAUGAGGUUGUUGAGGAGCAGCGUCAGGCGAAUGAGGGUGCGAGUGAGGGCGCUAGUCCGAUGCAAAUUGAUAGUCGGGGUAAUGCGCGUGGGCAGACGGAGGCGCAGAUCCAGGAGCAGGAACGGAGGGUUAAGGCCAUGGUUGCUGGAUUAUGGAGUGGUCGUGGAGCUCAUGGAAAGUAA